UGCUCCAAUUUUUUCCAAUGAUCCCCCCCUCCUUUCCCUUGCCCAACCCCUUCCGCCUUUCAGAAUGGCAGCGGUUCUGCUCGGUUCAAUUGUUUGUUGGUCGUUCGAGCUCGGUUCAGCUAGGUCGAGCCUCGUUAGCUUUAGGAAAGCUGUACUGCGUCUCCUGAUUGUCUUCCUCAGGCCGCUGUUGGCCGAUGUGCUGUGCGGGCAACGUCCGCCUGGUUUGCGAAUUUGCUCGUCUGCUGAAGUUCCGUGUCAUAACUUCCAAACAGUCUCGUCGAAACGAUUUUUAGGGAUUCACGAAUCCUUCGUUUCGUGGUAAGCUCAGGAGUUCCGACUCUAGUUCGGGUUCCAUCAUCUAUUGUCCGACGACUCGGAGUCGUCGCCUGGUAGCGUCUCGACCUAUGUCCUCGCAUGCAGCGGCGACAAUAACUCCACUGUCACCUCCGCAGGUCACUUUUGAGUCGACUCAAAAGUAGCGUCUCGACCUACAUGUAUCGCCUCGACCUAUGUCCUCGUAUGCAGCGGCGACACUAACUCCACUGUCACCUCCGCAGGUCGCGCGUGAGUUGCGCAGAAAACCACGGCCACGAUGACGGGGCCCCGCCGCAGAACACGGAACUCCGAGCUCGGCGAGCCCCGGGAAGGUCAUCGGAGUUCAAAACGUUUCUCUCCUCAUAACGCUCAGGCUCCGAGCAACGCUCAGGCUCCGACUCGGAGCAGCGCUUUAGGGAUCCCGGAACCACUGCCACUGGUUCCGAUGGGCCGUGGGCGUCAUACUACCUUCGCGAUCCUCCUAAUCUUCUUGUAUUGCUCAGCAGCGGCAACGCUGAGAGCCGCUGCUGCCGACCCACUGGCAAAUACCGCCUCCCCUGGAGACAUCACUGCUGAUACUCCCAGCGCCGAGCCAAGCCUGACCGAUUUGGCCGAGCCAACAGGCUCGGGAACACCGAACGUGUUUCUUGCUUCGGACUACAGCACCGGUGCAACGGUAGCCUCGAAUGGAGCCGAAACUAGUACUUUCACUGCCACUGCUACCACUGCCCAAGCCAAUGGCAGUGGUACUGCCGCUUCUGACACUCCCAGCACCGAGCCAAACCUGACUGGCUUGGCCGAGCCAACAGGCGGCUCGGAAACGCCGAACGUGUUUCUUGCUUCGGACUACACCUCCAGUGCAACGAUCAGCUCCUAUGGAGCCACGAACCCCUCUGCUGCUGGCGGUGGGCUCUUCACCACUGCCUCUGCUGACGCUGGUACGGUUGUUGGUACCGCCACUACUGCUGGUACUGGUGUUGGUACGGCCACUACUGCUGGUACUGGUGUUGGUACCGCCACUACUGCUGGUACUGGUGUUGGUACCGCCACUACUGCUGGUACUGCUGUUGGUACCGCCACUACUGCUGCUACUGCUGUUGGUACCGCCACUACUGCUGGUACUGCUGUUGGUACGGCCACUACUGCUGGUACUGGUGUUGGUACCGCCACUACUGCUGGUACUGGUGUUGGUACGGCCACUACUGCUGGUACUGGUGUUGGUACGACCACUACUGCUGGUACUGGUGUUGGUACCGCCACUACUGCUGGUACUGGUGUUGGUACGGCCACUACUGCUGGUACUGGUGUUGGUACGGCCACUACUGCUGGUACUGGUGUUGGUACCGCCACUACUGCUGGUACUGGUGUUGGUACCGCCACUACUGCUGGUACUGCCACUGCACCUCCCCCUCCUCCAUCCGCCCCCUCCUCUGGCCCCUGCAACGUCACUGCUACCAGCAUCUCCUGUGUCGGCUUCUCCUCCUCCUCCUCCUCCCCUAUGCUCUCCUCGCCCUUCUUCCAGCUCAAUGGCGAUGCCCAGGUGGGCCCCGGACCAAACUUCCCCAUCUGGCUCGACACCACCACCAACGCUGCCGGCUGCGCCCUCUCCAUCCCGAGCCUAAACCUCAGCCUCGGCACCGAGGCAGGCGGCACUGGAAGCGGCAGCAGCAGUGGUGGGGAAUUGGUGGCGUUUGAGGCGGCGUUCUCGUUUUCGUUUGCGGCGAGCGCGGAUUACAACAGUUGGGGCAACCGGGGGCUCGCGUUCGUGAUCACUGCGGGGGAGAAGACCGCGUGUGGGCGGAGCGCUAAGAGCGCCAUAGGCUACGGGUUUGCCCCCAACAACUCGUUUGCACAAAGCAUUGCGGUGGAGAUGCGAUCUCGGCCGACCGCGUGUGUGGCGGUGGUGGUGGGGGGGGAGGUGGCAGGCGACAACUGCGCCGACUCCGAUGCCAUGGCGCUGCUGCCCCCCGCUCAGGCCUUCACUCUGAACGAGCCCCAGCACGUGUGGGUGAGCUACGACGGCAGCACGCGCGCCCUGCAGGUGUUUGUGUCGCCAGGGGGGUCGCCCUCCAAGCCGCAGUCCGCCACACUAGUCGCGCCUGUGGACGUGCGGGCUGUUCUGGGGGCCACCUCGGGCAUCUCGGUGGGAUUCACGGGGGGGUCGUGGUGGACGUGGGUGGACGACCUGGAGGACCACAUCAUUCACUCGCUCUCCUUCGAAGCCGUCCCCCCCGGCUCCCAGCAGUCUCUGCCACCCUCCGCUCCCCCCAGCAAGUGCCGGCUCACCUCCUCCAACACGCGCCUGGCUUGCACCGGCUUUGCCGGCCGCUCACCCUUCUUCCUCAACGGCUACGCGCAUGUGGGGCCCGCACCCGACUUCCCUCUCGUCCUCGACACGGGCGGCACCGCUGGCAGCGCGCUCACUCUUGCUGACCUGGCGCUCUCGCUGGAUGCGUCCACGUCAGCAGGAGGAGCAGCAGCAGCAGCAACAACAGCAGCAGCGGCAGCUGUGGUGGCGUUUGAGGCGGCGUUUUCGUUCUCGGUGUUGACGGAGACGUCGUAUGGCUACAGGGGCAGCAGGGGCCUGGCGUUCGUCAUCACCAGCGGGGACAAGACUGCGUGCGGGUCGAGCGACAUGGGGGCCAUAGGGUACGGGGGAGCAGCCCCAGGAGCGUUCAACAGGAGCGUGGCAGUGGAGCUGCGGUCAGGGCCCACCUCAUGUGUGGCUCUGGUGGUCAACGGCAUGGCUUCAGGCGACAACUGCGCUGCUGCCGACCAGAUGACCGGGCUUACAGGGGAAAAGGCGUUCGCCCUGAACGAGCCGCAGCACGCGUGGGUGGCGUACGACAGCUCGUCCCAGUCCUUGGAGGUCUACCUGGGCGGCAGCGACGGGGUGAAGCCCGAGGAACCCGUCUUGAGGGCGGCUCUCGAUCUUGUGGCUGUGAUUGGCGCCUCGUCAGCAUCUGUUGGCUUCACAGCUGGCACGUGGUGGUGGGGAUGUGGCGACACCGAUGAUCAUCACCUUAUCCAUACGUUCUCAUUCAACACUGUCACACCAGGCUUCCUCCCAGCAGCACAGCCCACCCCAACAGCCACCUGCAGGGCAACAAAAUCCUCCCUGCACUGUGCUGGCUUUGCCGGGUCGGCCCCCUUCGACCUCAACGGCUACGCGCAGCUGGGCCCGGCGCCGCUCUUCCCUCUCUGGCUGGACUCCUACAACACCGUUGGCUCCGCCCUCUCCCUCUCGCCCCUCCCCCUCCUCACCCCCUCUGGCCUCUCCACCGCCUUUGAGGCCGCCUUCUCCUUCACCUUCCUGGCCGAUGAGUGUGCGGCCAACGUGAGCGUGGGUCGAGGCUUCACCUUUGUGCUCACCAAUGGCCCAACAACAGCCCUCGGGCAUGCAAACGCAAGCUCCCUGGGCUAUGGCUCGGCGGGGGGAGCUUUCCUCAACAGUGUGGCAGUGGAAUUUCGCCUGUGUCCCGUUCCCUGUAUUGCCGUCUCUGCUAAGGGAGUCGUGGCAGGAGAUGGUUGUGUUGGUGCAGAGUAUGCAGCGACGCUUUCAGACGCCGAGGCCUUUCCUCUCAACACCCAGCAGCAUGCGUGGGUGACCUACGAAGGAGCCUCCCAGACGCUCAAGGUGUUUCUGGCUGGAGCUCCUUCCACUCCCUCCACUUCCCCGGUCAAGCCAGCUGUACCGGUGCUCACUGCAUUUGUGGAUAUCCCGGCGAUCCUCGGCGCCACGUCAGCGUCGGUGGGGUUCACAGCUGGCACGUGGUGGUGGCAGUGGGGAGCGAACGAGCGGCAUAUUGUACACGACCUGGCGCUCGUUGGAGGAACCUUCUUUGAGACUUCCAGUGUGACUGCGGAGCUGACAGCCCGAUUCGACCCGGCAAACCAGACAGAGCUAGCUGCAUACUCUGUCUCAAGCAUAGCCCCCUCUCCCACCACCAAUACCACCACCAGCACGGCCACCAGCAGCACAACCACCACCAUCACCACCACCACCAGUCCAACCACCGCCCCCACCACCGCUACCACCACAUCCGCCUCUCUGGCGUCUCUCACCCCUGACUCAACGCCACCUACCAUGGAGCUCCGCUUUUCUCCAGAAGCCAGUAUGCUUCCAGGGGCUCAGAGGCCGCUUGUGGCUCGGCAGCAAACCACCGCCUCUCGCCCUACGGUGCGUGCACACGUGUACAUAUCGAACACAGAGCAGUGGCCCAUGGCUGACGUGGCAGUGACGACGCGCAUCACAUACCCCAACGGCACGGACGCCUCGCACUGCUUUGUGUUCAGCGACCCUGUGCUGGACGGCAUUGCGUAUGUGAACGGCGCAGGAACCCUUGCCCCAAACUCGUCUGCCUCAGUCGAUUGGCUGCUCCUCGUGCUUGACUGCGCCGCCCCUGCUGCCCCCACCAACUUCAAACUGGGCGGCAGUCUGCAGUACACGCUACCAGACACGUCAGCAUCAUCAGUACCGUCACCAUCAGCACCAUCAGCACCAGCACCAGCAUUAUCUACUGCAGGUGCCACGUCAGCACCAUCACCAGCACCCUCAGCAACAGCAGCAGCAGCAACAGCACCAGCAGCAGCAGCACCACCAGUGGUGAAGCAAGUGAAUCUAACGAGCGUGCGUGUAACAGUGGCUCCGCCGCCCAAGCUGCAAGUGCACUACUUCGUGCCCAAGCACGUGCAAGGGGACGACCUGGAUACCCCACAGGUGGAGGCCCCAGUGCCCAUUACCCUUGGAGCACUGGUGUAUAACGCAGGACAUGGUACAGCUGCUGCUGUCGCCACCCAGUCACUGCUGCCUGUUGUUAACGCCACAUCAGUGCCUGUCACUAUCACACAGACGGCUGUCGGGGAGGAGCCCCAGCCUCCAUCCUUCUCCGUUCAGAUCGGCAGCAUCCCCCCUUCAGGCACAGCCAUGGUGCGAUGGACCAUAGAGGCCAGCCUCACUGGCACAUUCGAUACUGUCACCACCAACUCCUCCUCCUCCUCCUCCUCCUCCUCCUCCUCCUCCUCCUCCUCCUCCUCCUCCUCCUCCUCCUCCUCCUCCUCCUCCUCCUCCUCCUCCUCCUCCUCCUCCUCCUCCUCCUCCUCCUCCUCCUCCCCCUCCCCCUCCUCCUCUCUCCUACCCGGCCUCUCCCCCAUUCUCAAGUCUGUCGACGUUCACAACCUCGUGCACGUCGUCUACCUGCUCGACCCUUCCUCAGGUGCCCCAGCGCCGGGCGCGGGUGACGAUGGCUUGCCGGAUUUCCUGGUGGACGACGACGGGGACGAGCAGAGCCUGCCGGACGCUAUCUACAGCAGUGCUGGUAACCGCGUGCUGCCGGUAACUGCUGUUCCUCGCAGCGCUCUCACUCUCGGCCGGCCGCUCUUCACCAGUGAAACCCGGGCCAAGCUCACAGUGGCUGUGGACUGGUCGUCUCUCAAUGCAGCAGCACCAUCAGCCACAGGGGGGUGGAGCUACGCUGCCUUCGCAUCGCUGCUGCCUUCCCACUGCUGGAAUCUCACCGGUGCUCUUCGAUCCGACAGCUCUCAGCUGCCCGUUCCUUUCAACGCCUGGACCUCCUUUCCCUCCUCACCCUCCCCUUCCACCACCAAUACUGGCACUGCCACCACUGCCAGCAUUGCCAGCACUGCCAGCACUGCCAUCACUGCCCCUGCCCCGACUCCUGCUUCUUCCCCCCUUCCCUCCCUCUCAGCUGACACCACGCACAUUCUCGACCUCUCCUCUUCCCCCUCCUUCACUCUCUUUUACUCCUAUUUCGACCAGACCCUCUCCUUCCCCCACCUCCCCCCCUGCUACCAGGCCGUCAUGCCUCCCCCUCCCUCCCCCCCCAACCCUCCCCCUUCCCCUCCCCCUCGCCCACCCCCCCCCUCCCCCUCCGCCUUCCCCUCCCCCACGGCCUCCCCCCCGCCCUCCUUCUCCCCCUCCCAAGACUUCAACUGCUAGUAAACCCCCUCCCUCCCCUCCCCCUAAACCUCCCCCUAAAUCUCCCCUAAGCCCCCCACCAAAACCGCUCACUAGCCCUCCCCCACUCAAACCACCUCCCUCUCCCUCUCCCAAACCCCCUCCUUUCCCUCCCCCUAAACCUCCUCCCUCCCCUCCUCCCAAACCCAUCUCCAGCCCACCGCCCAAGAAGCCUCCCCCCAGCCCUCUGAGACCCCCUCCCAGCCCUCCUCCCAAGAAGCCCAGCCCCCCGCCACCCAAACCCCCCUCUCCCCCGCCGCCCAGGCGCAGAUACCCUCCGCCACCCAGGAGGCGAUGGGGCUUCUUCCCUAGGUGGCGAUAAAAGGCUGGGAAGAAUUGUUUCCCAUCCAACCCCUCUAAACCCCCUCCCACCCCACCUUUCAAGAAGCCAAGCCCCCCACCACCGAAACGCCCCUCACCCCCACUGCCCAGGCGCAGAUACCCUCCCACCCCCAGGAGACGAUGGGUCUUCAUUCCUAGGUGGCGAUAAAAGGUUGAGGAGAAAUCCUUCCCACCCAACCCCUCUCAACCCCCUCCUACCCCACUAGGCCCGCCUCCCAGGGGCCAAGCCCCCACCACCAAAAACCAAAUUCGCCCCCAUCGCCGAGAUUCCUUCUCCCACCACCCACCAAGCGAUAGGGCUUUUUCCCUAGGUGCCGUUGACAUGUUGCAGUCAGGGCGUGUUCCUAAAGUCCCCUGUAAAACAUUCUUCUAUCAUACUUGUGUCCCACUCCACCGUACUGAAUCGCAUUAUACCGACUCCGAGUCAAACCUAGCUGUAAAGAACCACGUGCAGGAUGUUCCAGCACCAACUACCUCCUUACCAAAUCAGACUCAUUAAGGGAACCAAGAUGUUGAAACAAAAGAUUGGUUGCUACUGCAUCUCCCCCCUCCCCCCAGAAACGCCCCAAACCACCACUGGUGGAAACGUCAUUUGAACAUGAUUUAGCCUGCCAUAUUUCUCCAAAACCCGAGAUUCUUCUCCACCCACUCCCUCACAGAGAGGCCUCAGGCCACAUGGCCACCAUGAUCCACUCUAAUGAGAGCUUCUUAAGAAUUUACAAGAACAGUUCCUCACAGGGAGGCCUGAGGUUCCAUCACAGCCACCCGUACACCUCGAGACUAGUCAUCGCCAUCAUUGUUGUUGCCUCUUCGCCCUCCCUUCCUCUCUACCAUCCAUGCUUCUGUUCCCAGUGUUUUCGCAGCUCCAUGCGGCCAUUCAGCUUCCAGCAAGACACCUCGAAUCACACUGACCCUUCCACCUCAAGUCAAGUCUAAUCAUCACCAUCGUUGUCGUUGUUCCCUCGUCCUCCCCUCCUCCCUCCCUUCCUCCCCGCACCACUCCCAUUGCAGUUACCAGACCCACUUCCAUCACAGUUCCCGCUUCCUGCACCACUCCCCCUCAGCCCCCCGCCAGCCCCAUUCCCUGCACCUGCGCCCGUGCACCCAGCCUUUCCCUGCCGUCCAGCUGCCCCCCGGCGCCCGCCUCCUCCGCUCAUGCUGCCCGCACGUCCACCAGCUGCGCCCGCACCUGCGCCACUUCCGCGGCCCUGCUGCUGCGUGGAACCCUGCCGCCCAGCACCGCCGCCGCUGCCAGUGCAGCCGCCAGAUCGGGUGCAGGAGGAGGAACCAGCUGAACCAGAGCAGGAGCCAGAGCGGGAGCCAGAGCCGUCGCGCUUGCGGUCGCGGUCGCGGUCAGGGUCGCCGGAGCUGUCCCUCUUGCGAUCCCUCUCGCGGUUGUCCGCCACCACGUACCCCGUGCUCUGAAUGCUUGCUCCCUGCACGCUCGCCGCACUCACUCUGCCCGAGCCCCCGUCCCCACCGUUGCAGGAGCCAGAGCCGGAGCCGUUGCAGUUUCCGCUGCCCUUGUUGCCCUGCCGCCGGUUCGCCACCUUUCCAGCGCUGCUGCUGCCACCCAAGCGCCCGCCACGACCCGCGCCCGCGCCAGCUCCGCUCCCCGUUUUUCCCGCUCUGCC